CCUCUGGUCGUUCCCUCUCCCACCGGAGGCGCCAACCCCGAUGUCGGAGCGCAAGGAGUCGGCGCAGCAGUCAGAUCCGUUCGAGGACGUGUUGAAGCCGCCGGCGGACGAGACGCCGGAGCAGCGGCAGCGGCGGGUGCAGCAGGAGGAGGAGGCGAAGCGGAUCAGCCAGGCCAUUGACGAGAGCAUACGCGCCGAAAAGCAGAGGGAGAAGAAGCGGAAACCGGUCAGGGUCUUGCUCCUCGGCCAGAGCGAGUCCGGCAAGUCGACCACCCUCCGACAGUUUCAGCGGCUGUACACCCCGAACGCCUUCCGGGAGGAGCGCAUCCUCUGGCGCGCCGUCAUCCAGCUCAACCUCGUCCGUUCCGUGCGCACCAUCCUCGAAGCGCUCACGGACGCGCGGCGGGGCCGGACGCGCGUGCACAGCGACGACGAGAGCGACUCGGACGGCCAGCUGGACGUGACGGACGAGCUGGACGCGUUCCAGCUCCGGCUGCUCGCCCUCCGGCACGUCGAGGCGAUCCUCAUCGCGAAGCUCGUCCCGCCCAACGAGGAGGAGGCGACCCGGCUCGGGAACGGCUACGCGCCCGGGCACGGGCACGGCGGCGCGGACCAUCCGUGGCGGACGCAGGAGGUGUUCGUGCGGCCGACGACGAAGUGGAAGGGCGCGCUGGCGAACGGGAAGGGGAAGGAGCACGCGGCGGCGCAGCGCGGGCCCGGGUCGAUGGAGGAGGUGACGGAUAUCCUGCAUUCGUGUCGGGACGACAUGAUCGAGCUGUGGAAUAACACCACCGUGCGGGCGCUCUUGCGCCGUCGGAAGCUGCGACUGGAGGAGUCGCCAGGCUUCUUCCUCAAUGACCUCGCGCGCGUGACAGAUCCCAAGUAUACGCCUACCGAUGACGACGUGCUCAGAGCCCGUCUAAAGACCGUGGGCGUAUCCGAAUACAAAUUCGAGAUGGAGGCGUCGGCCGGUCGGGAGAGUGGGACCGAAUGGCGGAUAAUCGAUGUCGGGGGGUCUAGGUCGCAGGUACAGACGUGGGUCCCGUUCUUCGACAACGUGGACGCGAUCAUCUUCCUCGCGCCGAUAUCCGGGUUCGAUCAGGUGCUGGUGGAGGAUCGAAGCGUGAACCGCCUGGAGGACAGCGUGCUGCUCUGGAAGGCGGUCUGCUCGAACAAGCUGCUCGCGAACGUGGACCUCGUCUUGUUCCUGAACAAGUGCGACAUCCUCGAGCGCAAGCUCAAUUCGGGCAUCCGGCUCGCCAAGUACGUCCGCUCCUACGGCGACCGGGCGAACGACGUCGAGACCGUGUCGAAAUAUUUCCGGAGCAAGUUUAGCGCGAUACAGCGGGAACAUUCCCCUUGCCCGCGCAAGUUUUACGGGUUCUGCACGUCGGUCACGGACACGGUCACGACGUCCGGCAUACUCGCGAGCGUGCGCGAUAUGGUCGUGCGGCAGCAUCUCAAGCAAUCAAGGUUACUAUGAGCCCCCUCCUCGAUCCCCUCCUCGAUCCCCUCCCCCCUCCCCCGCUCCCAUCGUCCCCGUCCUUGAUCUGCCAACCGAAAAAAGCCGGAUUUUAACGCGCCCCUUUUUUUGCGAUUUUUUCCCCCCCGUGUACAGACUACAUCUAUAGCGUUUGCCCUAAAAAGGCGACGCUGGACCCCGCACUCGCACGGGUCGCCGAUCGCCUCCUUCAUGCUCCACGUUCUCUCUCUUUCCUGUCCGCUUUUUAAAGGGGUCGUCCCAGUUGUGGGAUAUCUGUCUUUGUCGGGUUGUUUCGUCCAACUUUUUUUUGUUUGGCCGUAUCAUCUUCCUUUCGCCUUUGCUGUUUUUUUUUUUUGCUUUCCCUCACGUAGCGCCUGCCUUUCGUUGCACGCAUAACGAACCGCAACGACCUCCCCGUUUUUUUUACGAUUAAUCCAUUAUGUAAACCACAACCCC